AACGUUUGUAAGCAAAUGCCAGAGCUAAGUGGUGGGUCUGUGAGUGAGACGCACAGCAGGGAAGAGGGAGAGAGCAAGAGAGAGAAACAGAGGGACACACACACACGGAGGAGGUGAGAGAGGGCAGGAGGGAAUACGACAAGAGAGGAAACUAUCCUCCAUUCAACCUAUUUUAAACCAGCGCGCAAUGGAUACCAAACCAUCAGUGACGGACUGCAUGUUCAGCUGAGACAAGCCAGCACAUCUUACCCCCAUCAACAAAAAACACCUUUGCUUGGUCCGAUGCAUCCAGCUCCAGCCUUCGACCUUUGCUGUGCCUAGCAAGGAGCCUGAUGACCACCAACAAGCUUCACCAAAUUUUACACAAUGCCAAGGUAUGCAGCUCACAUAACCGUUACUCUCAUUCAAGGGUCAGCAAGUCGAACUGUCAGUGUGUGACAAAAAGGAUUUCUUUCACAAAUCUUUUUGUCAUCGACCAUGGAGGUUUUAAAGGCAUCCCUAUUCCUUUUUUACGGAGUGUCAUUGUGUAACCUAACACGUCAGCAGAGCAGGUGAAGAGUGUGUGUGUUCUCGUGCUGCUGUGUGUCCCUCUUGUCAUGGGGGAUAUCCGUGGGCCCUGCAGGCACUCCCUAACCAAAGAACACCUGCUUCAUAUCAAAAGCCUGAUCAACAACCAGCUGCAAAGUGGCUGCUACAUUACUUACACAUUCAUUGAAAGGGGAAGCUUGAGUGAGGUGUGCUAUGUGAAGGCAGCCCUGCCCUGGACACUGGAGCUGCUUAGCACACAUUUCCACUAUGUCUCAAGCUCAGAAAAUGGCCAGGAUGUCCGUGCCCUAAAAUCAAUAAUCCUCAAUAUUUACUCCCAGCAAUGUGCACCCGUCAUCAAUGAGGAGGAAGAGGAGGAUCCAGUGGCAUUUGAACGGGUGUACCAUGGCUCACCCAAGGAGGCCUUAUUCAGGUUGCAGGAAGUGCUGGCCCUCUACCUGGACAUCAUCACCCAGAGCAAUACACCCGUGGACUGGAACUGUGAGACAGAGUAUGCCCAACAGGAGCCUUUGCGGGCACCCACCCACAGCCCACCAAACACAGUGGAGCCUGCAAGUGGACAGCUCGGGAGGAACUUCAGGAAUGAGACUAGCAAAGAUCUAUACAACGUCUACAAGAUCGGAUUCAUUGCCAUGACAGCAUGUUGUGGAUUACUGCUACCCAUCACAGUCUGCUGUUUCAUAAAACACAAGAAACUUCAAAAUAAUCUUCACAGAACCCAGACCAUGGCACAUGAGAGGUUCAACCGAUAUCAGCACAGUAUUGAGUUGGAAGAUCUAUCAGGUUCGCCACAAUGUUCGAGUUUCCUGCCAGGCCAAGCACAUGGAGCAGCAGCAGGAAAUAAUUCUUUUCUUGCUUUCUCACGAACUACUUUGAAGCCUGGGACACUUGCCAGCACUAAGGCAUAAAUAUCAGUCUUUCUUUGAGAUUCUAUUUUUAGAGAGAAGAUAUUACUUUGUAUCUUGCAUAUAUAUAUAUAUAUAUAUUUGUUAUAAUUGUAUGUAUAUAGUCUAUAUUGCUUUUUCUACCAAAGUUCACUGGCAAAAAAUAAAGUUAACAUGGAUUUAAGUCUUGGCAGAUAUUUGGGCUAAAACCUUUACUACAAAAACGAAUUAAAAUGCUAAAGAAAAACCGA